AAGAAGAAGAAGGACUUCAUAUUCACGGCGAAGCCGCCAUCAACGGCGAAGUUAAUUCCUUAAAUCAAAGAGGAGGUCUCUGAGAUUGUGUGACGCUAAUGAAUCGGAGGGAUGAUAAUCAGUCAGGAGAAGUUGCUCGCACUGUGGUGGAGUUUUUGGAAGUAGCUAUCACAAUGAUUGUAUCCCUUAAAGGUUUUUACCCAUCUGAGGCAUUUGAAAGGCGAAGAUAUAUGAAUGUGGUGGUACAACGAGCAAGGCAUCCUGAGCUACGCGACUAUAUCCACUCUGCUGCUUCCGGGCUACUUCCUUUUAUAGAAAAGGGUCUUGUUGAGAGAGUAGCAGUCAUAUUUUUCAGUGAGGAUAAUGUUCCUGUGGAGAAAUUCAUCUUCAAGGUCACAAUUAACACGUCUUCCGCUGGUUUAGUAGAAGAGGGUCAAUUGGAGUUCGCGCUUAGGUCCUUCUUAAUCAAGCUUUCCGUCUCAAAAUCCCUUGUCAAGCCUCUUCCUCAAAGUAUAUAUAUAUGUUUAUAUUGUAGAUGGGAGGUAACGGCUUAUCUGAGGUCACUUCCGGAAGUGGGUUCAAGCAAAGAAGGAGAGCUAUGGAUUCCAACAGACACAAAGCAGUGGCAGAAGCCACCAGUUAUAACGCCUGUCAAGUCUUUGAACAGCGAGCCACUCUGUUUGCAGCUUUACUUGGAACACCCAAAUUUCUCUGAACCACAACCUCAUGCCCAAUGAUGUCUCAGGAAAUGCACCUCCACUGAUGAGCCACAAGUCAGGGUGUGAAGGUGAAGGAGGACCAUCGUUCAAUAAGGGCCAUUGUUAACUAAUUCCAAAUAUGCAUUUGAAACAUGUUUGAGAAUGUGAAGUCAAAUGCAUAUUUGGCAUUAAUUAACGAUGAAGAUGAAGACUUCAUCCCAAAGAUAUUCAAGUACCAUAUUGAAUGUAUUAUUAAUCUUGCUCACCUAGUACAAUGAUGUAAUAAUUCAUAUCAUAUAUAUAAACGGUGUUAUUAUUUCUGUUAAUUAGAUAUAUGCUCAAUUCUUUUGUAUAGAACAUCUUGCAGAGUGCUCCAUAAAUACGUACAAUAUUCUGUAG